UCCGAUUGUCAGCGGCUCGCUCCAUGUUUCCCAUCUCUUCGACAUCUUUUAUCUUCUAGAAUUGUUUCAUGGAUCGCAACCGUCCAUCAAGCAACUUUCCUCUUAGUUGAGGGCGGAUUCCUUUUGGCACGUUCCGCACGUACUGGGAGUCAACGACUCAACUGCUCGUUCCCUUCGCCUCGCAGAGAUCCUUCUUGUCUGUGUCGCCAUUAGCGCUUUUGGUUUCGAUCCAUGGAUGACGAGGAGCGAUCCUUGUUGGAAGGGCUCCUCUCGGAGAAUGGAAGUAAUGGACCAUACACAGGGGAUGGAUCAGUUGACAUCAAUGGAAAUCCUAUCUUGAAGCACAGGACAGGCAAUUGGAAAGCAUGCGCUUUUAUUCUAGGUACUGAAUGCUGUGAAAGAUUAGCCUACUAUGGAAUAUCAAAAAAUCUUGUCACUUAUCUUACCACAAGGCUACAUGAAGGAAAUGUCACUGCAGCGAGAAAUGUUACAACUUGGCAAGGCACUUGUUAUCUUACACCCCUAAUUGGAGCUGUUUUAGCAGAUUCAUACUGGGGAAAAUACUGGACAAUUGCAACUUUCUCAACUCUAUACCUCAUCGGAAUGGUCACACUGACUCUUUCAGCAUCAGUUCCUGCUUUUAAGCCUCCUGCAUGUGUAGGGUUUGUUUGCCCAGAAGCCAGCUCAGCUCAGUAUGUCAUGUUCUUUUUUGGUCUCUAUAUGAUCGCAUUAGGGGCUGGUGGCAUCAAACCCUGUGUUUCAUCUUUUGGAGCUGACCAGUUUGAUGAUACUGAUCCAGUGGAGAGAACAAAAAAGGGCUCUUUCUUCAAUUGGUUUUAUUUCUGUAUCAACACUGGUGCUUUUGUAUCAGGCACUUUUAUUGUGUGGGUACAAGACAACUGCAGUUGGGGCUUGGGUUUUGCCAUUCCUACUUCUUUCAUGGGAUUAGCUAUUGGAAGUUUCUUCAUAGGCUCGAAAAUUUAUAGAUUUCAGAAACCUGGAGGUAGCCCUAUCGUAAGAGUGUGCCAGGUGGUUGUCGCAUUUGUUCGUAAGUGGAACAUACAGUUGCCACAUGAUAGUUCUCUUCUCUAUGAGCUAUCUGGGAAAGCCUCGGCAAUAGAAGGAAGCCGGAAACUGGAGCACACCGCUGAACUCAUAUUCCUUGACAAGGCUGCCGUUGUGUCAAAUCUUGAGGUGAAGCAUGAAAAUUUCUCCGAUCCAUGGAGGCUUUGCACUGUCACUCAGGUAGAGGAACUUAAGAUACUGGUCAGAAUGUUCCCUAUUUGGGCCACUAGCAUAGUGUUCUCUGCCGUCUAUGCACAAAACUCCUCCAUGUUUUUGGAGCAAGGGAUGGUUCUAGACAAACACAUUGGUUCUUUUAAUAUUCCUCCUGCCUCCCUAUCAACAUUUGAUGUUAUCAGCGUUAUCAUUUGGGUUCCAGUCUAUGACCGAGUACUUGUACCACUAGCAAGGAGGUUCACUGGCAAGGAAAGAGGCUUUUCAGAGCUGCAACGAAUUGGAAUUGGUCUAUUCUUGUCCACCCUUGCAAUGACUGCAGCAGCAUUGGUAGAGACCAAGCGUUUAGAGAUUGCAAAAUCUGAAGAUUUAAUACAUCAGAAGGUUGCAGUGCCAAUGAGUAUUCUUUGGCAAAUACCUCAGUAUUUCCUUGUAGGUGCUGGUGAAGUAUUUACUGCUAUCGGGCAACUUGAGUUUUUCUAUGACCAGUCUCCAGAUGCGAUGCGGAGUCUUUGUAGUGCUUUUGCCCUUCUUACAGUUUCAGCUGGGAGCUACCUAAGCUCGCUCAUUCUGACCAUCGUUACCUCAAUUACAACUCAAGGAGGAAGAUCUGGAUGGAUUCCUGAUAACUUAAAUGAAGGCCAUCUUGAUUAUUUCUUCUGGUUAAUAGCUGGACUCAGCUUCUUAAAUCUAUUGGUUUUUGUUUACUGUGCCAGGAGAUACAAAUGCAAGAGAGCUUCCUUGAGAUAGUUUGAUUGCAGCACUGAUUUGGAUUGGAUAAAACUUUUAUGAUCAGAUCAAAAAAUUAUGGUCGGACUCUGAAGCACGCCGUGUGCGCUUAUGCAUGUUAAAAUACUAAGAAAAUAGGAAUGGAUAAAUCUUAAAAAUAUUUAAACAGUUUUGAUAAACAUCAAAUAAUCUUUUAGAAUUUAUCCAUUUUUAUUUUCUUAAUAUUUUAAUAUACGUGUAAGCACAUAGCGUGCUUAAAAAACAUGACUGGUGAUGAUAGUCCGAUUAUAAUUAUUUUCGUGAUCAGUCCGAUCAUAAAAAUUUUAUCUGUUUGAAUUUACUGUAUUCAUCAGCUGGUGGUGUUGGCUUAUCCAAUGUUUUUUGUAGACACUUGCAAUGUUCAAUGGGAAACUACCAACUGAGAUUUUAGCUUUUGAUUCUUGUAAAAUUGUAUCUUCCUUAAAGGAAAAUAUGAUGUUUAUGAAUCAUAUAUUUAAAGAGAAGUAUUUAUUUUUAUA